AUGGAGGAGGCACAGAAAAUCCUCGAUCAAAUCUUUGAAACUACUUCCAUGAUGAAAGGACAGGUGAAAUCAACGAAGACGCGCGAGGCUAAAGCGGAUUUGGGACAGAUUAAAGAACUCGAACUUCUCACGCAAGGAUUAGCUUCCCAUGAAACCGUUUGCUACUUUGACCCCGCUGAGGUGGAAGAAAACAGAAAAAGAGACAAAAUAGGCGCGCCGAAACUUCAAAAGUUCCUCGCCGACAGAUACAAAACAUUUCAAAACGAGUGUUACGACGAUGGCUGGAACAAAAAGUACGCCGCUGUUCAAGAGGGAAGAUCUGUUUCGCUGCCAACUACUAAUGAAGAGGGCGCCCGUCAUAAAGAAUACGCCGGCGAUUGGCGGGACCACGUCUUCACGGAAAAGUAUCUAAAGGGCAUCCCAAAAGACGGAGCGAUCGGGCUCUUCAUGGAAUCUGCUGCCUAUGGUCUUUCGCAAAACCCUUUUUAUACGGUGGACGAGAAAAAGGAGCAUUUGGAGUUUUUCCGGCAAUAUUUUGUUAAUUACGAAGACGAUUUGGUGAAUUUGGAUGCUAUUGAACCUGGUCUAAUGAAAGCUACAGAAGGCAAAGAAGUCUGGCCGACGGAAAAAGUCGUGAUGGAGCGAUACAAAGAAAUGUCUCCCUGGUCCCAAGAUAAUAUCGGAGGCCACUCUUGGAAGAAAGAAUGGGUCGACAAGGAGAAAGGACCAAUGCGCUACAGAAUUUGGCAGCGAAGAUUGCAUUUGGCCAAGCUCGAAACGGCGGAGAAAACUGCUGAUACUUCUAAAGACGAACUUCUUGCUGACUAA